GGAAGUGAUGUUGUUUAAUAAACACGCACCGUAAGGUACAUGCAAGCGCCUGCUGGUUGAGAUGAGACAAAAUGACUUUGACACAAUUUCGGACAGUUUUGCGUUAUUUUAAUCAAUACAGCGAAGUUUCAAGUGUUGUCCAGAGACUGACACCAGCUUUGUGUCAGACAGGCCAGCAUACAUGUCGUACAAGAUCAGCCCUCAUUUCCCAGCACAGUUCCCAUGGACUGCAUACAUUGCCAUCCAAGCUCAUCCCCGCCCAUUCAUGUAUGCUCCAGCAGAAACGAGGUGUUCGCAAGCUAUUCCCAGAACCAUUUGAACAAGAUCCUGAACUUAAUUCUUUGCCAGAUGAGUACACUCACUUAGACCUCAAUUAUGUUCCACACCUUGGAGGAAAAGGAAAAGAUAUUGUUGAAAACAUCCGAGAAGCAGAUAAACAAGCAGACAUUGGUCGACUGUUUGCUGUGGUCCAUAUCGAUGGUAAACAGCGAAAAAUUACUACAGAGGAUCUUGUUCUCAUUAAUGGCUUCUUUCCUCCCCAGAUCGGGGAUAAAAUCCGACUAGAAAAGGUGAUGAUGGUUGGAGGGAAGGACUUCACCUUGAUUGGGAAACCUCUGCUCAAGAGGGACAUGGUGAACAUCGAGGCAACAGUGAUUGAGAAGACGCUGUCACACGUCCGAGUUCACUUCACCAUGUUAAAGCGUUUCAGGAGACUCAAGUUGCUGCAGCACCCCCAGACUGUGAUAGUGAUCAACAAGAUAGAAGUGGAACCUACCGCCCUCUGACCCUUAAAGCUGUGUGGUGUUCCAUUUUCAUACCUGUACGACUGAUAUACAUUGUACUAGUAAACAAACCUUGCGUGACUGAUACAACUUCUGUCAUACAUUGAAAAUGAAUAAAUACUGUAUAAAGUA